GUGCACAGGACGGAGAGGUGAAGACAGGUGCAGCUUCAAGAUGAACGGACUUGUGGUUAUCAUUGCGACUAUCCUUGUCCCCACUGGAUACAGUGCUGCAGAAGUUUUGUGGUGUUACCAUGAUCCUAGUUGUAAUGACACUACUUGGCCCACCAUUGCCAGUGAACAUUGCAACGGAUCCCGUCAGUCUCCCAUUAACAUCAUCUCCGCGUCGGCAGUGGGCGAUGCAAACCUGACUGAAUUCAACUUCACCAAAUACGGAGACAACUCUACAAUGAAGAAUAUCAAGAACACUGGCGAAACUGUCAAAGUGACGCUCACGAGGGGUGUCCAGGUUACAGGUGGGGCACUGUCUGAGGCCUAUGACAGCCUGCAGUUUCACCUCCACUGGGGGAAUGGUACCUCAGUACCUGGGUCAGAGCACACAGUGGAUGGAACCCGCUACCCCAUGGAGUUGCACAUAGUAAAUGCCAAGUCUUCGCACGACGGUAACACGACCACGGCCGUUGCAGACAGCACGGGACUCGCUGCUCUUGGCUUCUUCAUAGAGGCCAUGCCGGGUAAUGCAACUGGUUCACCAGCAGCCUGGAAUACUCUGACAUCCUACUUGGCCAACAUCACACUAAAAGAUGAUAUUGUAAACAUUACUCAUGCUAUUUCAUUGGAUGAGCUCCUGGAAGGGGUGGACCGUACCAAAUACUACCGUUACCUUGGCUCCCUGACCACUCCAAAUUGCAACGAGGCUGUGGUUUGGACCGUGUUCAAGGACCCUAUCAAAGUCAGCCAGGACUUGAUUGAUCUCUUCAGUACAACAGUGCACAUUGACCACAACUCCACCUCUGCCUUGAUAACCAAUGUCUUCAGGAACAUCCAGCCUGUCAACGGCAGGAUGGUGACGACCCAGAGCAGUCCAACCACAGCCCCGCCAGUGUCAGGAGCCUCGACAAAGUGCUCCUCUCUGGGCCUUAUGGCCCUGGCCUGGAUGCUGCUGAGGGUUUAGUGUCGGCGGGUAAUGCCUCACCUGAAGCGCACUUCCAUGUCUCCAUUAACCCUAAAGCUAAAUACUGUACAUUGAUUACCACAUGGGUCAUUUUGACCCCAUGGAGAAACUAUUGGAAAAAACAACAAUCAUAGCAAAAUAUAAACUUAUUUCGUAUCAAAACAUUAUUUAGACAUGUAAUUAAUAUUAUCUAAACAAAUAAAUGUAAAUACCAAAACAGAAGUACAGUCAAUUUGCAGACACUAACAAACUAAUAUAC